AUGAACUUUGCACAUAACUCUGCUAUGAAGGCUCCAACGCCACCUGAUAAGGGAAGCUUCCCUUUGGAUCAUGACCAAGAAUGUUUACAGCCAAUGAACUCAUAUAUAAAGUGUCUGGCUGAUAACAAGAAUCAGUCUAGAAUGUGCAUGGAGUUGUCAAAGCUCUAUUUGCAAUGUAGAAUGGACAGAGGACUAAUGGCAAAGGAGGACAUUGACAGUUUUGGAUACAAUGAACUUCAAAAGUCAAAGGUAGUGGAGCCUCCACAAAACCCAAGAGAGCCAAUUAUUGCUGGUCUACGAAGACCAAACAAAGACAGAUAA